UGCCAGUGCGGCUGGUAGUGGCCUCUCACGCGAGGCCAAAUGGCUCGGAAAGUCGGUGUUGUUGAACUCAGAGUUCGUUCCAAAUGGUACAAACUCAUCGCAAGUCUCGAAGAGGAUGCUAUUGUGGUCAGCAUCGACGAAAACAACUUCGACACACAUCAGUCAGCCAACAACAGCGAUGUCAACUCGAACGUUGUGCCUGGACCUGGACGGAUCGACCACGAUUCGCCCGAUGGGAGAGCCAACAUUCCCGAAUCUCUGGCGAACAUCAAGAGGAAAGUUCGGAUAGAGAAAACACACUCGGCCGGGCUCGGCAUAUCCAUCAAAGGAGGAAAGGAUAAUAUGAUGCCGAUAAUCAUUUCCAAAAUAUUCAAGGGCCAAGCGGCGGAUCUCACCGAACAGCUUUACGUCGGCGAUGCGAUUCUCAGCGUCAAUGGCGAGAAUCUGCGCGAUGCAACGCACGAGGAAGCUGUCAAAGCUUUGAAGAGAGCCGGCAAAAUAGUGGACGUUGAAGUGAAAUACGUUAAAGAAGUCACCCCGUACUUCCGGAAAGUAUCGAUUCUGUCUGAAAUCGGCUGGGAGUUGGACUCAGACCUGCUUGUGAAGUCGGUGCCGUCGACGCACUCCAACACUUCGAGACGGAUACCGCUCCUGCUGGCCCUUGUCACGAGAGGACACUCGGAACCUGACAGUGCCAAUCGAAUCAUCGAAAUUCAUUCGCCGGACCGUAGGCAGAGCUGUAUAAUUCGUUGCCUUGAUUCGAAUCAAGCGUCCCUGUGGCUGAGAGCUAUCAACGCGGUCACCAACGAACUCAACUCGCACGCGCUGAGAGACACGAACGAAGCUAUCGGUGACGUGCUCGAUUCGGCACCAAUAGAGCAUUUCGGUUGGCUGUGCGAACAGGAUCCUCUCGCUGCUGCAGAUCGCAUGUGGGCGCCGGUCUUCGUCGCGAUUACGCAGAACGAUCUACUCUUCUAUGACAUUGUCCCGUGGACUCGAGAAGCUUGGGCUGUGCCUGUCACGAGUGAACCUCUCUACGUAUUGCGGGUGGUCGCCAGUAGUUUAGAGAGGCCGGGUUCACGAGCAGGAUCAACUCAAUCACUUUCAAGAGGUUCCCUGGGGCGCCAUUCUGUGAGCAGUCUCCACAGCCGUAGUCUUGAGAGCAACGGAACAUCGACCGAAAGUUUUUGCAAGUUCUCAGUGAGGGUAGGGACAUCGAAAGGGGUGGAGGUUCGGAUUUUCCGCACCGAAACAGCGUCAUCGAGAGCUUCGUGGGUUCGUGGCAUCGUGAGCGGCUCUCACAACUGUGUCGCGCGUCAAAAAAUAGUCAAAUUCGAGUGCAAGGUUGGGAGCGGCAGCAUGAACAUGAGUUGCAUGCUGAGCAUUCAUCAUGAAGAUGGUCUGAGUCUCGAACGGUUAGGACGUCCUAGGUCCCAGGAACCGGACGGUCCCCUAUGGGCUCACCCCUUCGAACAAAUCGAGAAGUCGGCAGAUGAUAAUAAACGAUUGCUUUACAUAAAAUUCAAAGGAGAAGACAUUCCUCGAGAGCUCGAUAUGAUGGGCUCGCCAAAGCCAGCAGUCUUCGCCCUUCAAUCCUUCCUUUCGGCCAAACUCACCCGCUUAGGACUCAUGGCCUGAGCAACAUCCUAGAUCAGUUCAUGGAGCAUCUCAUGAGCCGGAGCUCCUCCGCUUCUCGCGGAAGUU